AUGAAGAGGCUGGCGUUCGGACAAGAAGAGCCGGCGGAGCUGGGCAUCAUCAGCGUGGCCGAAGGGGUCAUGCUGCUGCUCGCGCGCGGCGGCGGCGGCGGCGGCGGCGAGCCAUCGGCCUCGCCGCGCGUGUUCGAGUGCAAGACGUGCAGCCGCCGGUUCAUGUCGUUCCAGGCGCUGGGCGGGCACCGCGCGAGCCACAAGCGCCCGCGGGCGAGCGAGGCCGCGCCGGCGAAGGCCCGCGCGCACGGGUGCGCGGUGUGCGGCGUCGAGUUCCCGCUCGGGCAGGCGCUGGGGGGACACAUGAGGCGCCACCGCGCCGUGGCCGAGGAGACGGACAGCGCCACCGCCGCCGCUUCCCGCGGGCUAGCCGAAGCCGAGACGAAGCCCGACCAAACGAGAGGCCUGCUGGGCCUGGACCUGGACCUGAACAUUGCCCCCUCAUGA